UCGGCGCUGUCGAACGGCGAUCACAUGACUGUUUUCACUGAAGAGGAAAAACAACAGAAGUGUCCAACCGGCUAAAAUACUGAAGCGAAUCUUCAUUUCUGCACAGACGACUUUGAACCAGCGGCCUUUAUUUUAAAGUUUUCCUGACCACCAUGGCCCGGUAGCAUCACAUUACAGAGUAUUCCCGUCUGGUUCCACGACCAUGACGCCACCAGACAUUUACUGCAUCAACUCAGCAGCACCAGAUGACAGCGAGGAUGGCGAACCCCUCAUCAGUAAUGACACAGUCCCUCCUCAGUGCUGUUCAGUUCGGUUCAACCUGGCCAUCCUCAUGUUCUUUGGAUUCUGCGUCGUUUACGGCCUGCGAGUCAAUUUCAGCGUUGCCUUGGUAGCGAUGGUGAAUACCACAGACCCCAAGCCGGAGUUAAACCGCUCCAGAGUCUAUGACUGUCCGUUGCCAUCAGUGAAGGAGAACACGAGUCAGACCUUCAGCCAGCCUGAUGGGAUUCCACAGUACACGUGGGAGUCAGAGACUCAGGGCUGGCUGCUGGGGGCCUUCUUCUUUGGCUACCUGUGCACACAGAUGCCGGGCGGCUAUCUGUCCAGUCACUACGGAGGGAAGUUCUUCCUGGGUGUGGGUGUGCUGAGCACGGCCGUCCUCACCCUCCUCACCCCGCUGGCUGCUAGCUGGGGCUCCCGCUGGCUGUUUGCCUUACGGGUGUUAGAGGGCUUCACGGAGGGUACGACCUUCCCUGCCAUGAUGGCGAUGUGGGCUCGUUGGGCUCCUCCUCUCGAGCGCUCGCGUCUGCUGACCCUGUCAGGAUCCGGCGGCACCUUUGGAGCAUUUGUAUCUCUGCUGCUCACCGGAUACAUCUGUCAAACUUUGGGCUGGCCAGCUGUUUUCUACUGCUGUGGGGGCGCUGGCUGCCUUUGGUCUGUCUUUUGGUUCAUUUUUGUCGCUGAUGAUCCACACACACAUCGCCGAAUCAGCAAACAGGAGCGAGAUUAUAUCACCAACUCCAUCGGAUCUCAGGGGACAGGUCACGGGUGGUCAGUGCCCCUGCUGGCCAUGCUGCUGUCCGUCCCUCUGUGGGCCAUCAUCAUCACCCAGAUGUGCUCCAACUGGUCCUACUACAUCCUGCUCACCUCCCUGCCCACCUACAUGACCGACAUCCUCCACUUUGACCUCCAGUCGAAUGGCUUCCUGUCUGCGCUGCCUUACGUGGGCUCCUUGCUGGUCUCCGUGCUGUCUGGCAUCGUGGCAGACAAACUUAUCGAGCGCCAGGUAUUCACUGUUACCACCGUACGCAAGAUCUUUACGCUAGCAGGAGUAUUGCCUGGUGCAGCGUUCCUCAUGGCAGUGAACUACACUGGCUGCAGCCACAUCAUGACCGUCACCUUCUUCACAUUGUCCUUAACCAUUGGAGGGAUCAGUUCCGCUGGAGUCUUCAUGAACCAGAUCGACAUCGCUCCACGUUAUGCAGGAUUCCUUCUGGGAAUCACAAACACGUUUGGGACCAUCCCUGGUGCUGUAGCUCCGAUUGUUACCGGCUACUUUACAGAAGAUCACUCUCUCACAGGCUGGAAGAAGGUGUUCUGGGUUGCCACUGGGAUCAAUGCCGUCGGCGCCGUCAUCUUUGCCAUUUUUGGCAGUGGGAAGCUCCAGCAGUGGGCUGUCACAGAGGAGGAGCGAGCAGAAGCAAAAACUCAGAGGAGAAGCUCCGUUUCUGCCUAAAUUCACACAGGUGCAGCAGCUCUGCAAAGGUAAAGAGGAGCAGUGGCACGCUGCAUUGCAGAAUGGUCAGGUAUGCACGUUGGACUCAGAUUUAGAAUUUAU